AUGGGGGCAGCCAGCUGCGAAGAUGAAGACCUGGAGUUCAAGCUGGUAUUCGGGGAGGAGAAGGAGACCCCCCUGGGGGGGGCCGGGGGAAGGUCAGUGCAGCUAGACAAAGAGGAAGCCCCCCCGUGCUGCCGCUUGGGUCCGGGAGACCCCCCGACCUACAGCGCAGCCCCCAUCGUCAUCCCCCGGCCUCCGCCCCCGAGGCCGGGCAUGCACUCCCCCCCGCCCAGGCCGGCGCCCACCGUGGGCACGUGGGAGAGCCAGCAGGCCCUGUGCGCCGGGCCGGGGGUGCCGGGCGGUGGGCCCGGCGGGGGAGCGGUGGGGUCGUCGGUGGGCGGGGGGCGCAUCCUGGGGUGUCCGAGCAUCCGCAUCACCUCCAUCUCGCCCCCACCGGGGCCCGGGCCCGACCCCCCGCCCCCGCUGGACGACGCCUCCGACAUGUGGGGCGACGGCUCUCCCCGGGAUUACCCGGUGCCCGACGGCUUCGGGGGCUACCGGGAGGCCGGGGGGCCCGGCGGGGUGGGGGGCUUCUUCAGCCCCAGCCCCGGCAGCAGCAGCCUCUCGUCCUGGAGUUUCUUCUCGGACGCCUCGGACGAGGCGGCCCUGUACGCCGCCUGCGACGAGGUGGAGUCGGAGCUGAACGAGGCGGCCUCCCGCUUCGGCCUGGGCUCGCCCCUGGCCUCCCCCAGGGCCUCGCCGAGGCCCUGGACCCCCGACGACCCCUGGGGCCUGUACGGGCCGGGCCCGGGCCCGGCCGGCCGGGCGUCCGAGGACGGCUGGCAGCUGCUCAGCGCCCCAGGCCUGGCUCCGGCCUCCCCGCGCCCGGCCUCCCCGUGCGGGAAGAGGCGCUACUCCAGCUCCGGGACCCCGUCCUCCGCCUCUCCGGCCCUGUCCCGCCGGGGCAGCCUGGGGGACGAGGGGGCCGAGCCGCCCCCGCCGCCCCCGCCGCCCCCGCCGCUGGCCCGGGACUCGGGCUCCCCGGGCCCCUUCGAGUACUCCGGCCCGGGCCCGGCCGAGAGCAUCCCCCAGAAGACGCGGCGGACGUCCAGCGAGCAGGCCGGGGCCUCGCCCCGUCCCGAGGAACCCACCCCGUGCAACGGGAAGGCUCCCCCCGGGCCGGAGGAGGCGGCCCCCUCGCCCGGCCCUUCCCGGAAGGAGAGCCCGGGCAUGGACUACCUGGCGGUACCCUCCCCCCUGGCCUGGUCCAAGGCCCGGAUCGGGGGGCACAGUCCCGUCUUCAGGACGUCAGCCCUGCCCCCCCUGGACUGGCCCCUGCCUAGUCAGUUCGAGCAGCUGGAGCUGAGGAUCGAGGUUCAGCCGCGCACCCAUCACCGGGCCCACUACGAGACGGAGGGAAGCCGGGGAGCCGUGAAGGCUGCACCCGGGGGGCACCCUGUGGUCAAGCUCCUGGGCUACAACGAGAAGCCGCUGACCCUGCAGAUGUUCAUCGGCACGGCGGACGAGCGGAACCUGAGGCCUCAUGCCUUCUACCAGGUGCACCGCAUCACGGGCAAGAUGGUGGCCACGGCCAGCUACGAGGCGGUGGUCAGCGGCACCAAGGUCCUGGAGAUGUCCUUGCUGCCCGAGAACAACAUGGCUGCCAACAUCGACUGCGCGGGCAUCCUGAAGCUGCGGAACUCGGACAUCGAACUGCGCAAGGGGGAGACGGACAUCGGGCGCAAGAACACACGGGUGCGGCUAGUGUUUCGGGUGCACGUGCCCCAGGGCGGCGGGAAAGUGGUCUCCGUGCAGGCGGCCUCAGUGCCCAUCGAAUGCUCCCAGCGUUCGGCCCAGGAGCUGCCGCAGGUGGAGACCUACAGUCUGAACGCCUGCUCCGUGCAGGGCGGCGAGGAGCUGGUCCUGUCGGGGGCCAAUUUCCUACCGGACUCCAAAGUGGUCUUCAUCGAGAGGGGUCCCGACGGGAAGCUGCAGUGGGAGGAAGAAGCCACGGUCAACCGGCUCAAGAGCAACGAGGCGACCCUGGUCCUGGCCGUCCCCGAGUACAGCAACCAGCGGGUCAGUAGGCCCGUCCAGGUCCAUUUCUACGUCUCCAACGGGAGGAGGAAGAGGAGUCCCACUCACACCUUCAAGUUCCUGCCCGUGAUCUUCAAGGAGGAACCCCUGCCCGAUUCCUCCCUCCAUGGCUUCCCUUCAGGCCCGGGCCCUCCCUUCAGGACCGACAUGGACUUCUCUCCCCCCUACCCCACCGAAGACCCUCCUUACGACCCUUCCUACCUGCCCGAAGGAUUCGGCUUUGGGGCGCCCCCGCUGUACCCCCAAGCGGGCCCUCCAUCCUACAGGCCCGGCCUACGGGCCUUCCCCGAGCCGGGCUGCGCACGAUCCCCGCCAACGGCCUUCCUUCCCCGGCCCUUCUCCCCCGACCCUUACGGGGGCGGCCCUUACUCUCUGGGACCCCCGUUCCCCGCUCCAGCGGCCUACCGUCCACCCCUGCCCGCCUCCCCCCGACCCGAAGCCCCCUUUCCGCCCAGAGUCUCCCACUCCGCCGCCGAGGGAUACGGGGAAGGGGUCCUGGAGCCCGGGAAAGGCAGGGGCGGCUUCAGUGGCGGCUUUCGAGACGGCCUGCCCGUCCCCGGCAUCACCCUGGAAGAAGUGAGUGAGAUCAUCGGCCGGGAUCUGAGCGGCUUCUCUCCUCCCCCCGAAGAGCCUCCUUCCUGAGCUGUCGUCGUGGCAAAGCCCCCUCCCCAAUUCUCCAACCUCCCCCCAUCCCCACACCCCAGCAUGACGGAGGCCCCGGACCCCCCUUUAGAGGGGACGGGACGGAGGGACCCCAGCGGAUUGUGGCGAAGGGGAGGGAGGUGGGCCUGGGGUGAGACUGGGGUGGGAUGGAGAA